AUGGCUGCAAGAAAGGAAAGGCCUUUGCUUAUUGCUGGCCAAGCAACCAGUGCCAGAAUAACAAGAUCUCAGGCUGCUGCAAAUCGUACAAGAUCUGGGCUGGCUCCUUAUGUAUCACUACCCCUGAAAACUGAGCAUAAACAUGCAGCGAAAGGAAAGAUGAAAAGGGAAGCUUCAGAUGAAAAUGCUGCUGCUGAUGCUGGAGCUUCAGCUCCUCAGCCUAAAAGGCGCACAGUUCUCAAGAAUGUAACUAACAUAAGCUGUGCUAAAACUUCCAAAAGGUGCAAUACUGUGACUGGGCUGAAGUUGGGUCCCUCCCAGAAGGUUGGACAGAGCAUAAACAAGCAAUGCACAAACAAGAUCCCCAAGCUUCUCCCUCUGGCUGUUGCGGGGAGCUCACUUGUCAAUGAUUCUAAUAGUGCUGAAGAAACACAAAAGGUAGAUCUUUUGGCACAGAAAGAGAAGCAGAUUGUUUUGCUUAAGGGGGCUCAGCAAUUACAAAAUACUGAACGGAACAAAGACAGUGCUUGUGAUGAGACAUUCGUUGAUGGAAGAAAUGCCAGGAAUAUACUCGAAACUGCUGCCUUAAAGUCUGGGGUCUCUAAUGGUUUAAACAUUGUAGACAUUGACAAAAAUAAUGGUGAUCCUCAAAUGUGUGUUACCUACGUUGCAGAGAUAUACAGAAAUCUAAUGGCCUCAGAGCUUAUAAGAAGACCUAGGUCAAAUUACAUGGAGACUUUGCAACAGGACAUCACAUCUAGCAUGCGAGGUGUUCUAAUUGAUUGGCUUGUUGAGGUUUCUGAGGAAUAUAAGCUUGUGGCAGAUACACUUUACCUUGCAGUAUAUCUUAUUGACCAAUUUCUUUCUCAGAACUGUAUUCAAACACAGAAACUACAACUUCUAGGGAUAACUAGUAUGCUGAUUGCCUCGAAAUAUGAAGAAUAUUGUGCUCCUAGUGCUGAAGAAUUUUGUAACAUAACGGAUAGUACAUAUGCAAAGGCUGAGGUUCUGGAAAUGGAACAACAUGUGCUUAAUGAUGUGGGCUUUCAUUUAUCUGUUCCAACAACAAACACAUUUCUCAGGAGAUUCCUUAGAGCAGCACAGGUUUCUUGUAUAGCUCCUUUGACCACUUUGAAUUAUCUGGCGAAUUAUCUUGCUGAGUUGACUUUAAUCAACUACGGUUUCCUGAAAUUUCUUCCUUCAGUGGUGGCAGCAUCUUCAGUUUUCCUUGCAAAAUGGACACUUGACCAAUCUGACCAUCCUUGGAACCCUACUCUUGAGCACUACACCUCUUACAAAAGCUCCAAUCUUAGAACUUGUGUGCGGGCUCUACAGGAACUGCAGCACAACACCAGUAAUUGCCCCCUCAACGCCAUCCGUGAAAAGUAUGGGCAGCAAAAGUUCGAGCGUGUUGCCAACCUGAGGUCACCAGAGCUGCUGCAGUCACUCUUCAGUUGA